CCUAUGGAACGCGUGCAACCCAAUCUCUGGAAUCCAGCAAAAACUUCUCGGCUCGCCCAAUCCGUUAUCGCACACUGAGAGAUGGAUGGAGCCAACCUACCAAGAAAACUAGUUUCAAAGCCAUCGCUGGUUCUAUCUUCUUCCCCACCGUUUAAACCAUGUUUCUCCCUUCCCAUUCUACUGCUCUUCAAGUCGUCCUUCGUUCCGCGACGAAGCCCUCCUCUCUGUCUCCCGCCUUCCUCCUCCUCGAUGCCGAGCUCCCUAAACCCGAGUUUGUAUUCGUCGAACUCGCGAUCUCCACGAGAAUCCUCGGGAGGAAGCCCUAGAAUUUUUUUGGGCGGAGAAGACCCCUCCACGCCGGACUUCUAGCAUGAAACCCCAAAUGGAAGUGUCGAGGAGGGGUUCGACUGUUAGGUUUUGGCAAGAUUCACUCUCGGAAGUCGCGCUAGAGAUUUGGUAUCGUAACUCUCUGUUUUGGUUGGAUUGAAACCGAGGUGGGAAGCUGGGAAAUUUGGUUUUUCCUGAGAUCAUUGGUUUGUAAUCCUAGUGUUGGGGAUCGGGUGCUUGGUUUUAGGAGAUUUAGGUGAAUAGGUUGAGAUUUUGGGUGAAGUUGUACAGAUUUUGCUGAAGUAGUUGGAGUUUUGGAGCCUGGGAAUUGCUAUUCUCCUGGAUUUUUGUCUUUUUUUUUUUUAAAAAUUCUUGGUUGACAAAAUGAGUAGUAAAAGGGAGGAAGAGAGGAAUGAGAAGAUCAUUAGAGGUCUCAUGAAGCGUCCGCCGAACAGGAAAUGCAUCAAUUGCAACAGCCUGGCUCCGCAAUAUGUCUGUACAAAUUUCUGGACCUUCGUCUGUACAACAUGCAGCGGGAUACAUCGUGAGUUUACUCACCGAGUGAAGUCCGUAUCAAUGGCUAAGUUUACCAAAGAAGAAGUUGAUGCUCUUCAAAGGGGUGGCAAUCAGCAUGCGAGAGAAAUCUUUUUGAAGGACUGGGACAUGCAGCAGAUGAGAUUGCCUGAUAGCAGUAAUGCUGAUAGAAUUAGGCAAUUCAUAAAAAAUGUUUAUGUGGAUAAGAAAUAUGCUGGGGGGCGAACCUCUGACAAGCCAUCUAGUAAUACAGAGAGCCUCACAAAUCAUGGAGAAGAUCAGAAGAGGGCUAGUUCUUAUCAUUCUUUUUCUCAGAGCCCACCUUAUGAAUAUCAGUAUGAGGAUAGGUGUUAUGGAAAACAAUUUGGCAUGCUUGCAAGAAGGCCAGGUUCAGAUCAAGGGCGCUAUGAAGAGAAAAUCGGUAUCUUUGCAUGUAGUCCAAGUCGGUUAUCCGAGCACAUGUAUGAAGACAGAUUUGCUAAUGAGAGUUCUGGUUCGAGAUUCUCGGACUUCUCACUAUCCAGCACUGGUGAUCCAUUCAGAUCUGAUGGCCAGUCACCAAAUUCUCGGGAUGCUGGAUAUUGCAGCCCUCCUUUAUGCCAAGUAAGGGAAAUAAUGGUUGAAGAUGCACGGCCCCAGAUAUUAAAUAGGCAAUCAGAGGCAAAUGUCAGGAUGAAUUUAGAUGGGAUCAUGCAUCCACAGAGAACCACAUCUACAGGCAGCUUUGGAUCCUAUGACAGCAACUCCAUGUCUCAUAAAUCAGUCGAUUCAGGUGGUUUAUCAGAUGUUCUUGUGGAGCCUGUCCAUUCUACUGAAACCCAUCAGGCAGUGGCAUCUGCAUUACCUUCUUCAACACAAUCGCCCGCUUCUUUGCAUGUUCCAAAGCAAGAUCUUUUCAACCUACCAUUUGUUGAAUCAUCAAUGACUUCUUCAACUUUAUCUAUAGAUUUGUUUGCUGAUUUCAGCAAUCAACCUUCAUCUACAAUGCUUCAGCAAAAACCAUCCACAGUUUCCUUAUCAGAAAAUGGAAGAUGGGCUACAUUUGACUUACCUCACCAUACUGGAGCUGCUUGUGAAACAAAUGUGGGGGUCUCUGCUGUGGAUUUUCCUGAUGAGGGAGCAUCCAAGGGGACUGGAAAUGCAUUGACAUCCAUGCUUAAGAAUUCAAAGUGGUUUUCAGUUCGAAGUUCUGUAGCUCCUGCACAAUUUACACCAACAGCUGGUCCAUGGGAUGCAAGUCUACAUGACGAUAAAAGCUCUUCAGAUCAGAAAAGCUCCCAGUUGUGGAAAGCUUUUGAUGAUUCUACUGGGAACGUGCCUCAUGCUUUGUUUGGGAGUCUACCUCAGAAUAAGAAUUCACAGGUUCCAGUGACCAAGCCUAAACCAGGUGAUCCACAUGUUGGAUUGAAAUUCCCGGAGUUGUUUCCCUAUGUUUUACAGGGAGAGGCUAGUCAGGCAAAAAAAUCAGUAAAUCCUUUCGAUCUCCCAUAUGAACCAGAUUUGGAAGCCAACAGUUUGUUUUUGGACAUGAGCUCUUUAGAAGCAGCAUUACCAAAUCCACAGUUGCCUAUUGAUUACAUUGACGGGUUAGCUCAUCCACGGUUGGCCCAGAAUUCUGCCACAACAUGCGAACCGUCCUUGGCUGAAGCAGGGCUGUCAUACAUGGCAGGGCAAGCGCCCAGUUCUCAGUUGCCGAAUUUACCUUCCCAAGGCCCUGUUGGACCUUUUCGUGGCAAUCCAUUUGGAUGAGGAAGUCGUGGUGAAGACAUUAUCCAGGUGCAUCCUGAGGUGACAAAUGACUUCAUCUCAUUGUCGUCAUCGGGUAUCAAUUGUGCAAUAAAACCAAUUUUAUUGGAUUACCGCACGAAGGUGUGAGUAAUUUUAUAAGUCCUCCAGCCCCUACUUUUUGAUUGGGUUCUGGCUUGUUCCUAAAUCACCCGGGAGGGCAUAUGGAGCUGUAUAGGAAUUUAAAAGAUGAUGCGACAGCUCCCCUGAUGCUAUUUUAUGGAGCCCAUGAUUUCAGCACCAGGGUGCAAUAUGCUUGAUGGAUGGUGUCGAAGUCCUGUUACCAUAGGCUACCGGAAUAGCGGAGCUGGUUUUAUUCGUUGCUGUGCUCGUAUUUUGGUCAGUUUCUCUAUUCUUGCAGCUACAAUCAAGUGUAUUAUCAAGAGAACAAUCUCGUCUAGAUGCAACACGAGAUUAUUGUAAUGCCAUAUAUUUGUGCUGACAUUGUUGUUGAUGUGAUGGCAAGGCAUUUUCAGAACUGCUGAGAAUGGGUUUGAAUUUGUUUGAUAGGCGGAAAAACCCAAGAAAUCUCACUUGUGGUGGUCAAAGUGCUGAUCAGAGCUUAUGGAACGGGUGUUAAUGGUCCCACACGGGCAUUCGAUCGGUGCAGAUUUGUGAUGGAGAUAGCAGGCAAUGCUUUCCCGACCUCUUAUGAUUAGCGUUCCACGUCACACGCCCUGCUUGACGUGCAUGCUAAAGCAUGGGCUGACUACAUAAAUCAAGCAGCUUUUAGCUGCCCAAAAAACCUCUGUUAUUUGGUUUAUUUUCUGCUUGUGAAAUUUCAUCCUUGUGGAUCGUACAUGCAUUGCAUUAGAAGCUUUGAACUACCACAAAACAUCGGUGCUAGACUCUCCAUCAAGAUCUUUGCAAAUGUCAUUUGGUGUUAAUUGUUGAAGUGAUCUGUUGUAUCGGACAGGCUCAAAAUGAGUUUGGAAAUAAUUAUCUAAUCUUCAAACA